AUGGCCUCCAUCCCAAAGCGUUUACCGUCCAUUCAAAGCCACGACACGACAUCGGCAGAGUCGGUCCGUUACGGUACGAAUGGCGCAGUUUACGUCGUUGACGGGCAGGCGAUGCAAGGGAGAGGCGCACACGCCUCAGUAAUGAAAGUCCAAAAUAUCGGAACUGGGGAGUACUUCGGAGCCAAGGCGCCGCAUUUCAAGGUCAGUGACGAUGCCGACACAGCACGACAGCGGUUUGAGGCUUUGCAAAUGGAGUAUACUCAUAUCAAGCAUCUUGAUCAUCCACACAUAUUGAAGGCGUUUGACUUGGUUAUGGCCGAAGACUUGACUCUGCCGCCGUGGAUGAUUGUUGAAUACAUUCCGCUAAAUCUCCGAGAAGCCCUGCCUUCCUUAGACGAACGCGAUCGCUUAGCAGCAAUGACUCAUAUUGCGAGUGCGUUGACGUAUUUGCAUGCGAACGGCAUCACUCACCGGGACAUUAAACCGGACAAUGUCCUCAUUUCUAGACAAGACGGUUUACUAGUAGCAAAAGUUGCCGACUUUGGCACCUCGAAACAAAACAAUUCCGCCAAAAUGGACACAUUUACGGGGACGCAGAUUUACAUGGCUCCUGAGGUGUUUGUCCAGCCGCGUUACUACUCGAGUAAGGUGGAUAUGUGGGCUGUUGGGAUGAUCGGCAUGCAGUUGUUUACUAGCUGGGACCCCGAAAACGACGAUCAGUGGGAUCCUAGGGAUCGUGCAACCUGGGUCUGUACAGUUGCUCUUCAGACUAUUCCCGAGGCACCAAAGUUUCUGCGGCCCAUGAUUAAAGGACUAUUGCGAAAACACGCGGGGAGACGAUGGAGCUCUUGGAAGUGCCUUAGUUGGCUCUGGAAACACGAGUCGCUCAACUCCCCUCCUUUCUCUGAAUCUGGCGCAGGCAGAGCCAACGCACAUGAGAGACCGGUCGGGAGGGACCUGCUACGUUUUAAUAUUAGCGGCGACUACUAUAGUAGACACCGCCGCAGCCCAAACCCUUCCCUUUCGACUGCCCGGGUGCGAGUUUCUGAAAACCCCGAUGGCCUGCCCGAUACGGCGUCUCCAUGUGCUGGGGCACCGGAUAUACUGUCGGCAGCCUCAACGCCUCGGGCCGAUGAAGUAAUGUCCGAUAUGGAGAAAUCGGACGAGGAAUCGUCUGGUUGCGACACAGACCUGGAAGAUUGGCGGUUGGCCCUAACAGAACCCCAGUAG